AUGGAGAAUCUGUCCAUCUCUGAACCGCCGCCGCUGGGCGGGCCUGGCGGUCCCCAGAUGCGGCCACCCCCACAGCAGCAGCAGCUGCCGGCGCAGAUGUUCACCACAGCGGCCCAGCUGCUCGACCUGACAGACAAAAAGCUGAUUGUCGUCUUGCGUGAUGGGAGAAAAGUGUUGGGCGUGUUACGAACAUGGGAUCAGUUUGCCAAUUUAAUAUUACAAAACGCGGUCGAGAGGACAUUCCUGCCACCGGGCGCAUUCGAGGCCAGCGCCGCUCCCGAGAGUGCCGCGCAGGGCCGGGGCCUGUACGCCGACAUCCCGCGGGGGACGUACCUGGUGCGCGGCGAGAACGUGCUGCUGCUGGGCGAGAUUGACUUGGACCGCGAUGACGAGCCGCCACCGGGCCAUGACAAGAUCGAUGCAGAGGUGAUGGCGGAGCUGGCCAAGAAGAAGAAGGCAGCAGACAAGGUGGUGGAAAAGGCGCGGGUGAAGAAGCUCUCGGGCCUCGGCUUCGAAGGCGAGAACAUGGGGGAGAUCCUGCUGUAG